AUGAAGGAGAAAUCUAAAAACGCAGCCAGGACUCGGAGGGAAAAAGAAAACAGUGAAUUUUAUGAACUGGCCAAACUGCUGCCGCUGCCCUCAGCCAUCACCUCGCAGCUGGACAAAGCCUCCAUCAUCAGGCUGACCACCAGCUACCUGAAGAUGAGGAUCGUCUUUCCUGAAGGUCUGGGGGAGUCCUGGGGUCACGUCAGUCGCAGCAGCUCUCUGGAAGGAGUCAGUCAUGAACUGGGCUCCCAUCUCUUACAGACGUUAGACGGCUUCAUUUUCGUGGUCGCCCCUGAUGGUAAAAUAAUGUACAUAUCAGAAACAGCCUCUGUCCACCUGGGCCUGUCACAGGUAGAGCUGACAGGAAACAGCAUCUAUGAAUACAUCCACCCAGCAGACCACGACGAGAUGACGGCCGUCCUCACAGCACACCAGCCUUAUCACUCCCACUUUGUCCACGAAUAUGAAAUGGAGCGCUCCUUCUUUCUGAGAAUGAAAUGUGUCCUCGCUAAAAGAAACGCCGGUCUCACUUGUGGAGGAUACAAGGUGAUCCACUGCAGCGGCUACCUGAAGAUCCGUCAGUACAGCCUGGACAUGUCUCCGUUUGACGGCUGCUAUCAGAACGUCGGGCUGGUCGCCGUCGGUCACUCGCUGCCGCCGAGUGCUGUAACAGAGAUCAAACUGCACAGCAACAUGUUCAUGUUCAGAGCUAGCCUCGACAUGAAGCUCAUCUUCCUGGACUCACGGGUUGCAGAGCUGACGGGGUAUGAACCUCAGGAUCUGAUCGAGAAGACUCUGUAUCAUCACGUCCACAGCUGUGACUCCUUCCACCUCCGCUGUGCUCAUCACUUGUUGCUGGUCAAAGGUCAGGUCACAACUAAGUACUACCGUUUCCUGGCCAAGCAAGGCGGCUGGGUCUGGGUCCAGAGUUAUGCAACCAUCGUCCACAACAGCCGCUCAUCCAGACCCCACUGUAUCGUCAGCGUCAACUAUGUUCUCACGGAGAUGGAGUAUAAAGGCCUCCAGCUUUCCCUAGACCAGGCAUCGUCCAAGACCUCGUUUCCCUACAGCAGCAGCAGCUCGUCAAGCGGCCUGGCAGAGCCCUGCAGAACUCCUAAGAGCAGAAUAUCCCGACCCAAGGCUAAAGCUAGACUCUCCCCAUACACACAGUAUUCGAGUUUUCAGACAGAACGGUCAGAGUCAGACCAGGACAGUCCGUGGGGCAGCAGCCCCCUCACGGACUCUGCCUCCCCUCAGCUGCUAGAGCACGUCGAAGGAACAGACGCCUCCUGUGUGUACAGACAGUUCUCUGAUCCGCGGACGCUCUGCUACAGCUUGUCUGAAGAGCAGCAUCACUCGGACGGCUUCACACACCUCCACGCUCAUGCUCAGGGUCAGAGCUGUGAGAGAGGUCGGUGUGAGGCAGGGAGGUAUUUUCUAGGAGCCCCUCCAUCUAGUAGGGAUUCAUGGUGGGGAGCAGCCCGGUCCAUCUUACCUCUGAGCAAGGGCUCUCUAGAAAACCACGAGGGAUACGACAGCAGCAUGCCACACAUCGCCGCCAUCCACAGCUACCACGGCCGGGGUCACUGGGACGAGGACAGCGUGGUCAGCUCUCCGGACGCUGGCUCUGCCAGUGACUCCGGGGACCGGUACCAAGCGGACCACUACCACUCCAGCCCCCAGCAACCCAGCAAGAUUGAGACUCUGAUCCGAGCUACGCAGCAGAUGAUCAAGGAGGAGGAAAACCGACUCCAGUUACGAAAGGGCCUUCUUGAUGCCACUUUGGGGCCAGCCAACGGACUGUCCAAGGGCCCUGGACCAUGCUUAACUCCUGACUUUACUCCAGGAACUCUACCCCUGCAGACAGUGGUGUGUCGAGGUUUAAAUCCGGCAAUAAGCCCCGCGCCGAGCCCUGCCCCUGUUUCCAGGCUCAGCAGUCCUGGGUCAGAGCGCCUCAAUAAACCCAAAGACUACCUCCAGGCGGACCUGUCCCCACUCUCUCUGCCGCUACACCACCCUUUCGGCCGGCCUGGCCCAUGCUCAGCGUCCCCCACCCCAGCACCAGCUCUGUACCCCUCCCACACCCACCCACGGCCCUACCUGGACAAACACGCAGCCUACUCGCUGACAGGCUACACCCUGGAGCACCUCUACGACCCAGAGAGCCUCAGAGGUUACUGCUCCACUGCCAGCACAGGCCCCACCCACUACGACAUGACCCCUCACCUCCGCAUGCCGGCAGAGCAGAGCUCCGGACACAAAGGCACCUCCGUCAUCAUCACCAACGGCAGCUAG